AUGGCUCGAUCCGGUACCCUCGGAUCGCCCCCUCGCUCGGAUCCCGCAUCCCUUCAUCAGCUAUUCAUGACCCCCACGGGCCAUCACCCCGGGCAGCUGAUGGACAACCGCGGUGACGGACAGUUUGUUAUUGUUGAGGUGCGAUCUGCAAAAACUGCGGACGCUCUACACGCAAAGCCCCGAUAUAAAGGAGUCAGUUGUGCGGAUGCGGGUACAAUGGUUCCAAUAAAUAGCUCAACAGUUUGGAAUUAA